GCCAUCUCUCUGCUUCCUCCCCUCCCUCUCCAACUGGAUCGCCCUCGGAAUCUGAGUCCGAGUGGGAAAGCGACGUUCCCCAUUCUCAUUCUUCUCCCCAUUCAUCUUCUCCCUCCUCUUCGCCACGAGUUUUUCGGAAUAGGUACUCAAUGAGCGGAUGCUAGCGCCACGCGGACACAUCUCGGUGAUCAGACAGGUUCAUCAUCCGCGUUUCAGCCCGGACGUCAUCCGAUUUGCUUCGUUUUUCAACACGGCAAGCGUGCAUGCAGCAGCAGAGUUCCGAUUCGUAAUACCCAACAACAAGGCGCAAGUGUUGGCCGAAGCAUCGACCUUUCUACGGCUCUUGGUGCCCGGGACCAGCCACAUCUCGACAGUUGUCUCCUUUAGUGGAGACAUGACCACGGUGGAUCCAAGGGCGCAUCCGAGCAUCCUCGUCUCGCUGCGAGAUUGGGGGGAAGAGUUGGCGAGUUCCCGGAGUCAGCUGCUUGCACGGCGGGGGGAAAAAGUCGUCAAUACUAACAAUAUUGACCUGGACGGCAUCCGUGCUCUCCGGCAGAAUCCCGCGAUACCUCUCCCUGCGCUCACCGCUUUCUCACUGAAGUGGACCAGGGACAGCGAGCACCCCGCCGUGAACGAAGACGUAGAGUUACUUAUCAUUCAAGCUUGGAGAACGGGUGUAGAAGGAGAUUUGUUGGGAUUCGUCUUCGGAUCGGUGGAAGCGGUACAUCGACAGCCGAUCGUGGGGGAGCUUCUAAUCCUCCUGACGCAGCUUCUGGACGAUCUACCACUCGACGUCAUCUCGCACUGCGACGAGAGUCCGGCGCCGCAUAUUCUUUCGUGCAGCCUGACGCCGUAUCUUCAGCGGUCAGCGUGCUUGGAGGGUGAUUGGGACAACCGUAGUUACCCCUCACACAGUAACUACCUAAACCCCGCAGAGAUAAUCGAUCUUCUCUUCUUGGAUCAAGGUGAGACGACGUCAGAAGACGAAGAAGAAGAAGAAGAAGAAGAAGAAGAAUACGAGGAAGACAAGGAAGACGAGGAGGAGGGAGACGAAUUGAAAGAUACCUCCGAGGAGGACGGGUAUUAUAGCGAGCAUAGUGAGCACGAGUCGGGGGCAAUAAGCGAAGGAGAAGAAGAAGAAGAGGAAGAGGAAGCAAGUGAGAAGGAAGAGGCGGAACAAGCGGGGACACAGGGAGAGGACCCUGCGGAAGCAGAACGGCGGAGGGCAGAAAUAGCGGAAGGAAAGCAGCCACUAGAGCAAUCGGUGGGAACUGAAUUGCCCGUUGCAGACGAUCCAACCCGAGACCAAGAGCCGCCUACAGAGGAAGAUGAGCGCUGCGCUGCAGAGACUUCGAGCGCGCCGACACGGAGGCAAUGGAGCCGCUCCCCCUCCCCUUCCCCCCGUCCUUUAGUUCGAGCACGUGCUGAUGCGGGGCAUCGGGCUAUGUCCCCGGUUAUUAUCUCGUCGUCCCCUUGAUUACCUCACAUUCUGGCAAAUCGAUACCCCGCUCACAUUUCCCCAAAAUCCCUUCCCCUCUUCCCUCUUCUACCAAUUCUACACUACCCGCCUCGCCGCCACAGUGUA